AUGUUGUACCGUGCCAUCAAUGGAGAGAGCGCAGCUGGGCCAGAGAGGCGUGAAGACCCCGGCGCCCCGCCCGCCGCGCCUCUUCCUCAGCGCUACGAAGGCCCGCCCACGCCGUGCCCGGCCCGCGUGGAGUACGCCACGCCGGUGUUCGCGCGCAACUACCAGGGCGUCUGGCGCUACGUCGUGCAGAUCCCCUACGAGGGCUACUUCACGCAGACCGUCGAGGUCACCAGAUGUAUGCAAUCGCGCUGCCACUUCCUGGAGGGCGGUUGUUUGAGCUCGCCUCGAUGGGUCUCUCUCCUGGUGGCAGAACUGCACCAGCAGCCCAACCCUCACCACACACACGAGGACGCGAUGGAGAGCACAUCCGAGAAGUCGGUGCACUGCGACACCAACGUGUCCCUCGGCUGCUACCAGGUGCGGCUGUACUACGACUGGUUCCUCGUGCCCGGCUCGUGCAAGUGCUGGCGCCCAGACUACUUCGCCCGAUACGUGCGCAGGCACCACGACGCGCAGCCCGACCUG